AUGCCUCCUUCAAUGCCAAACCCGUCCAAGCGCAUGACCGCAAAUCCUGCCCGGCCAGUAGCAAGGUAUCGUCCAGGAAAGCCAGUUGCGGAGCAAGAGUCAUCUGACGAAGAAGAAGAAUCUGAACAAGAGCACCAACUGCAACAGCAGCAGAACAAAUCACAGCGGAAACCUCCAGCGAGACCUCAGAGGCAGGCUCCUGCGCCCCAGGCCGAGGAGAGUGAGGACGAGGACGAGGAUGGCUUUGUGACAGACCCGGAGGAUGGAGAAGAUGGAGAGGACAAUCUGGAAACUGCUAAGACUUCAACGGAACGAUCUACGGCGGGAGUGUCACAAGAUAAGCCAGUGCAGCGGCAGAAACCACCAGAAGAUGGAAGAGCGAAUAACUCCUCGGAAGAAGACGAUGACGAUUCAGAAGGAGAAGACUCGUCUUCGGAGGAAGAAGCACCCCGACGGAAAUUCCAACGACCGACGUUCAUCAAGAAAUCCGACCGAAAACAAUCACAAUCAAUACCACCAUCUCUUGGAGAAGCCGACACCACAACAUCCCAGAUACCUAAUUCAACACCCCAACCCACGACCGAAGUCGACGAGCAGGCCCGGCGCCUAGCGCAAGCCGAUCUGCUAAUCAAAGACAAACUCGAACGCGACGUGAUCGCGCGCGCCCAAGGCAAAAAAGCAUGGGAUGACGACGAAGACCUCCUACCCGAAAACCUCGUCGACGACACUGACGGCCUCGACCCUGAUGCAGAGCACGCCGCGUGGAAACUGCGGGAACUGCAGCGGCUGAAACGCGACCGCGAAGCCCUCAUCUCGCGUGAGAAGGAACUCGAAGAGAUCGACCGGCGCCGCAACCUGACGGCCGAAGAGCGCGACGCAGAAGACCGGGCCUUCCUCGACAAACAGAAACAGGAGCGCGAAGAUGGGAAGGCCGAUUCUGGACCGCAGUAUCUUGCGCGCUACCACCAUAAGGGUGCGUUCUUCCAGGGCGACGAGAACGCCGAGUUCCUCAAGAAGCGGGAUGUGAUGGGCGCGCGGUUUGAGGAUCAGGUCGCAGAUAAAUCCGUGUUGCCGGAGUAUAUGCGCCUGAGGGACAUGACCAAGUUGGGCAAGAAGGGACGGACGAGGUAUACGGAUCUGAAAGGCCAGGAUACCGGACGGUUUGGCGAGGAUGUCAAGCGGUGGAGGGGCAGUGGUGGCAGAGGCGAUGGUGAAGGUAGAGGUGGCGCAGAGUUCGAUACGCGUGGACUCGACGAUCGCUUCCUGCCUGAUGACCAGCGUGGAGGUGGGCGAACAGGUCCCACCGGUGCAAACGCCAGUAUUGUCAACCUGCGGAAAGAUCAUGAACCCUCACGGCGAUCGAGAGACGAUGUCUCCAGCAGAGAUCGAGACCAUGGCUUCAGCCGCAGCGACACGCGCAGAUCUCUUUCAAGGUCACGGUCACGGUCUCGCUCACCUCCUCAAGCAAGCAGGCGUAAGCACUCACGGUCCCGCUCGCCUGUCGCGCGGAAGAGGCGGCACGUGGAUGAUUCUCGGGACCGAGAUCGGAACUCUCGACACCACGAUAGAUCAGGCUACAGGGAACGGAGCAGAGAGAGGGAAGCAGUACGAGAUCGAGACCGAGAUCGAGAUAGACGGCGAGACAGUUAG